UAGAGUUGUAAGCCUUGGUUUUUUUUUAUCACAGCCACUCAUUUCUGCUUCCUUUUUUGUUAUCCGCUCUAACUGCAGCCAUGGCUGAUGAAGUGAUUCUUCUAGAUUACUGGCCAAGUCCGUUCGGGAUGAGGCUCAGAAUAGCCCUUGCCGAAAAGGGUAUUAACUAUGAGUACAAAGAUGAAGACUUGAGGAACAAAAGCCCUUUGCUGUUACAGAUGAACCCUAUUCACAAGAAAAUCCCUGUUCUCAUUCAUAAUGGCAAACCCGUUUGUGAAUCUCUCAUUGCAGUUCAGUAUAUUGAUGAAGUUUGGAAUGAUAAAUCUCCUUUGUUGCCUUCUGAUCCUUAUCAGAGAUCACAAGCUAGAUUCUGGGCUGAUUUUGGUGACAAGAAGAUCUAUGAAAUUGGAAGGAACCUUUGGACUAAAAAAGGAGAAGAGCUAGAAGCUGCAAAGAAGGAAUUCAUAGAAGCCCUCAAAGUGUUGGAGCAAGAGUUGGGAGACAAGAGUUAUUUUGGAGGAGACAAACUUGGUUUUGUGGAUGUUGCACUUAUUCCAUUCUACACUUGGUUUAAAGGCUAUGAGACUUUUGGUAACCUCAAUAUAGAGAAGGAGUGUCCCAAGUUCAUUGGUUGGGCUAAGAGAUGUAUCAAGAUUGAGAGUGUUUCUAAGUCUAUUCCUGAUCAGGAUAAGGUCUAUCAGUUCAUUGUGGAGAUCAGGGAGAAGAUAGGCAUUGAGUAAUUGGGUAUUACGUUUUAAUAAACGGUGAGUUUGGCAAAAUCAUGAAGCUGUCUUGAUUUUGUUGAAGUUUCAGAUGUAGCUUCUACCAAAAUUGCAGUGGCUUAUUGUGACUGUGUCAUUCUUACCACGAAUCAGAACAUGCACGGAAUGAUUUCAGUUGUUUAAACCUUUCUGUUAGAAUAGUUAUGUAAUAAAAAGGCACUUUGAGGUGCCUUACUUUGUGGUUUUAGUAGGUAAGAUCUGGAAAAACUUGUGAGUUGUGAUUGAUCUUUGAUCUGUUUGUUUUUUGAAUUGAAUGUUUAUGCAUUGUUAUGCAUGGUGUAAUGUGAAAUCAUUUACUUUUUAGUAA